AUGCCCUCCCUGACACUCUGGAAAGACCUCUCCCCGGAGGAUGCACCCCUUCAUCCUCCCUCAGUCAGCUCCGCCCGCAUCCUCAUAAUCGGCGGCGGUGUCAUCGGCCUCACCACCGCUUGGGCCCUCCUCGACAGGGGCUACAGCGUGACCAUCGUAUCGAAAGAAUGGGCGUCGCAGACCUCAAAGCAGCGCCUCACCUCUCAGAUCGCUGGUGCGCUCUGGGAAUACCCGCCGGCGGUUUGUGGCCACCAUACGGAUACCAUCUCACUCAUCAACUCGAAGCGCUGGUGCAUGGUCAGCUACUGCAUAUGGAGCGCCAUCGUCGGCAAUCCCGCCUUGUCUGAUGCCGCAGGGGUAAGGAUGAAACCAGCCGACUUCUUCUUCACGCACAAAAUAGCCGAAGACGCGGCAGUGCAGGCAAAGGUUCAGGAGAUGAGAAGCGACGGAGUCCACGGGCUCGUUCAUGAUCCCGGACUUAUUUGCGUCAACGGCAUAAAUCCAGCCUAUGGCAUCGUCGACGCCUUUGAAGUCCUCGCCCCGGUGAUAGACACAGACACCUGCAUGAGCUGGCUGACAUCGCUCGUCCAGAAAAAGGGCGCAGACCUCCAAACACAGACGAUAUCAGGCGACCUGUUUGCUCAAGAAUCGGAGCUCCGUGCGCGUUUCAGCGCCGACGCGAUUGUCAACGCCACGGGGUUGGACGCAUCAGACCUCUCUUCCGACAAAACAUGCUAUCCAAUCCGCGGCGCUCUUGUCCGCCUGCUCAACGACGGAACUGAUUUCCCCAAAAUUGAGAAAGCGUUGGUAGUUCCCGCCGCCGCCGGGUCCGACCAAAUGCCGAGCUCGGACUCGAAUCUGGAUCCGCGGUCAUCAAAUGAGAUCAUCUUCCUCGUUCCACGAAACGAUAAUAUCCUGGUUCUGGGUGGAAUUACCGAGCCGAAUGAGUGGGAGCUGGAUCUCUCGCUCGAGUCACCGGUUAUUCAACGAAUGCGCUCGCGCUGUGAGUCGUUUCUGCCCAUGUUGAAGAAAGCGCGGCUUGAUCCUGAGUAUCCGCUUGCGCAGGGGCUACGCCCAUUUCGAAAGAAGAAUGUGCGUGUCGAGAGAGAGCUUCGCAAGCACGGUGAUGGCGAAGUGCCGAGUCGGAUUGUGCAUAGUUAUGGCCAUGGAGGUGCGGGAUGGAGUUUGUCGUUUGGAUGUGCAGGGGAUGUGGUGACCUUGGUCGAAGAGGCGUUGCAGGGCUUGCCUCCAGUGUCGAUGGAUGAUUUGUUUCUGCAGAGGAAGAAAGAGAGAGAACAGAGCAAACUGUAG